AUGGCGAGCCUCUCGUCGACAUCUAUGCAGGCUUUGCGGCUACCCUGCCGACUCACUCCCUCGUUCGAGCCGCGCAGCCGCCUCUACUCGACCGCACCGGCAGGCUCUGCAUCUCUGAAGGUGGCGACCGUGCCGGACCGAGGCGUGAUCGAGGUCAAGGGCAGGGACACGGUAAAGCUGAUCCAGGGCCUCGUCAGCAACGAUGUCCGCAAACUCGAGAGGGGCGACGUCGACCUCAUGCUCGCGUGCUUCGCAAAUGCACAGGGCCGGAUGCUGGCCGACGUCUUGAUCCACCGCCUUCCGCCGGCCGAAGACGGGACGCCGCGAUGGCUCUUCGACACCGACGCGCGCACCAUGCCGUCACUGCUCUCGUUUAUCAAGAAGUUCAAGCUGAGGUCUAAGGUGACGCUCAAAGACGUGUCGGACCAGUGGAGCGUCGUGCAGCUCUGGAGUGGCGCCGGAAGCGCGACGCCGCCCGCCGAGCUACUCGGAAGCAGCGAGGACCGCGUCGUCAGCCUCGACCCUAGGGCCCCGGACAUGGGCUACAGGGCGGUAGUCCGCAACGGACAGGAUCGUCUUUCCGCCCUUUCUGGUGCCGCCGCCGAGGUCGAUGGGUCCGAAUACACGGUCCACCGCAUCGUCCAGGGCGUUGCCGAGGGGGCCAUCGACUUCCCCGAAGCGUCCAGCGUACCCCUCGAGAACAACAUCGACUACAUGAACGGCGUCGACUUUCGCAAGGGCUGCUACGUGGGGCAAGAGCUGACGGCGCGCACGCACCACACGGGCGUGGUGCGCAAGCGCAUCGUGCCUAUCAGCUUCUACCUCCCCGGCACGCCCGCACCCACCUCGCUCGCAGUCGACCCAUCAUUUACCACCAAGCUGCCGCCCGCCCUCGCUGAGGUGCGCUCGAAACCAAUCACCCCACCGCCACCGCCAUCGCAGGCCAACGGCCAAGGCGGCACUGACGGCGGUGAUGCGGCAGCGCCAAAGAAGCCGACCCGAGGUCGAUCGGCGGGCAAAUUCACGACGGGCAUCUACAACCUCGGCCUCGGUUGCCUCAGACUGGAGCAGGUGGCGAGGUGGCAGGACCCCACGACGGCACAGCGCGACGGCCUCGGCGACGACGCGGUCCACUUCACCUGCGAAAACGAAGAGGGCCAGACGAUCCUCGUCAAGCCGUGGAUUCCACAUUGGUGGCCCGAAGCGCCCAGAAGAGCCAGCGAGGGGCAGGAGAGGACGAGUAGAGAAGGGUAG